UUAAAUAACCUAACUGUGUUUUAUAGAUUUCAUGUAAAAAGAUACAAAAAAUAAAAAGUGUUGUUUUUGUAAGUUAAAUUAAAAAUGGCGUGCUCAUCUGCUUCUGAUGAUGAAUUGUCAUGCUGCAAUGAUAGCAAGCACACAAAAUUCACAUAUUUUGGACCACGUCUUGUACCUUUUCUCAAAACAGCGUGCAUAUACCUUGUCCUUGUGCCUGAGAUUAACCCCCCUAAUAUGGUGGUUGCGAUUCUCAAGUGUCUACCCACAUUAUCUUUAUGUAUAUUCGUACUUUGGUAUGAUGGAUUCAGUUUCACAUCAAGAAAUCAGUAUUCACGCUGCAUAUUAGCCGGCCUGUCGCUUUCUAUGCUGGGUGAUAUUUGUCUUGUAUAUGCUGAUGAAGGGUAUUUCCUACAUGGUACUGGUGCGUUUGCUGUUGCCCAUGUCAUGUACAUAUGCGCCUUUGGUUUGAAACCACUUCGACCUUCCCUUUAUCUCAAGCUUAUGCCUCUCACUGCCCUUGUGUACUGGUAUAUCUAUAAUGGAUUAACAGACACAGUUCUCAAGUUCGCUGUGCUUGCAUAUAUUAUGAUUAUCCUGUUAAUGAAUUGGAGGGCACUUGCAAAGAUUAGGAACUUGGGAGAUGUGCGCGCGGGUGUUAACGGCAGUAGUCACAAGAAAUGGACAGAACUCGUUGCUUGUCUUGGAGCGAUUAUGUUUUGCAUCUCGGAUACUUGCCUUGCCAUAAAUCGAUUUCAUUCAGAGGUCCCCAACCAAAGAUGGAUUGUCAUGACGACAUAUUAUCUCGCGCAACUUGGCCUCGCGCUGAGUGUAGUGAAAAAUCGUCACAUUAAACGACGUCGAUUGCUCCGUAAAAAAAUGGAAGUUUCAAAGCCUUUGUCUUGUGAUGGUAGCAGCUCCGAAAACGAGUGCUAUCUAGAGACAUCAAGUGGUAGGAUUGUGGAGACAGUUGGAGGGUCAGGUGCAAGUAAAGCAAAGGAAGAGUAAAAUUUGUGUUGAUAUAUUUAGCUGGUGUUGUGUUAUGUUGAAUGCUGUUCCCGGUAGCUGUGCUGUUUUUGGUUUCACUUUAUCUCGUAAAUUAACAUUUUAGCCACGUUUCUUCCAAAAGAUAGUUUUUCCAUAAUAUUUUUUUUUUUAUUGUUAGUAAAUGGCACUAGGCAGGUGCAAUUCAAAGUCAACUGCUGUAAAAAAUAACUCAAAAUUAGUUUUACAUACAUUUUAUUACAAUUUUAUGACUGAAAUAGUAAUUGUUCAAGUGUUCUAUGUAGCAUGGACCUCAUAUAUUAUAUUAGCCAUAAAUGCAACAUGUUUUGUUGAAUAUUUAAUUGCUCAUGCAAUUCAACUCUGCUACAAAAUAAAAGAGUAAACAUUAACUGUUGUAACAUAGUUUUUUUGGUUUGGUGCCAAUGUUUCUCUGUGUUGCUAUGUAUACAGACCAUAUAUAAAAAACAUAUGCUGUUAUUUUACAAAUGGUGUGAUAGCAAAAACAAGCAUACUGUUCUUAAUUGUAUUUGCUAGUUCACCAAAUGGUUUAUGGGCAAACUUCAUUUUAAAAAUUUAAGGGCACUGCCAAAACAUCUUGCCAUGUUUAAACAGUGUUACAAUUUUCUUCAAAUGCUUGGUUUGCUUUUCACUACUCUUCAUUGUAUAAGCUAUGUAUAUUAUCUGUCGUUCUUUGUAAAUUUUUCUGCGUUUAAAAUUUUUAUUUGAAUAGAUAAAGUCAGCAUGUACUGACUCAUACAUUAAAUCAAUUUUAAAGAAAGAAAAAGGUAACUUAGUACAGGCCUAACCUAAUGUUUUAUUUUAAAAUGUUUUUACUUUUCUUUUCCUAUGUCCCAAACUGUCCCAAGCAUACCAUAAUUGAGUAUGCAUAUAAUUUUAUUUAGAAAUUCACUUUUACUGUUGUCAAAAGAUUGGAUUUAUAAAUACACCAGUUGUUACUUGUUCAUUA